AACUCUCAGAUUAUGUCAGAGGCUUAGUGAAGAAGAGGUUUAUCAUGUCUGUUAGUCACUUACUCCAGUCACCUGUCAGUUUGUCAGAGCGCUGCGGACUAAAAAGAAAACACACAGGUUAUUUGUCGUGUGACGAUGAACAUGCUGGAGGAUGUUCCGUUUCAGACCAUGCUGGGUCCUCUGGAGGAGGAGGUGCAGACGGUGACAGCUCCAGAUAUCAACACACCAGACUGCCACCAAAUACUAAGAGAAACUGAGUAUCGAUUCAACCUGGAGAAAUGGAUUUUAACUGGUCAGCAUCCAGUUUGUCCAACCGCCUCCUGUCCGCCUUUCUGGCUGAUGUUCAGCAGCCCUCAGGAGAAUAGCAGGGCUGAUUACAGGUGCAGUGAACCGUGGGCCCAGAGGCUAAGGCCCCGCAGCCACAGCUUGAACUCCGCAGAAGCCCGCAAGUUGCCCCAUCGCACCGUCAAGUUCCUCGUGUCCGACUCAGAGGAUGAAGACGGUUACAUUGAAGAUAACGAGGCCUCCUCAGCUGAAGAUGCACGCCACCCUAUCAAGAACAGGGUGCGACCCUGGAGCGCUGCACCCAGAGACCCGAUCUCCAGAGUUAAAGACAUACACCAUGGCCCCUCCGCUCACCACUGUAAGCCUAACUCACCUCAGAGCCUCAGACGCCACAGAGGCUCUUCCCCUUCCCCACAAGACUGCAAGCAACCUCUGCGAGCACCGGAGAAGCAGAGGUCACAGCAGGGCAGCCUGUUACUCCACGGCCAGAAGAACGUCAAGAGGAGACAGCGCUCACUGGGCCCUGUGGGCAGAAAGUACUCCCUCAACACACCAGCCGCUGGAGCUCCUCCACCCAGACCGCAGCGGCAACGACCCUCCUCUGCCGGGCCUCUCGUCAGAACCAGACAGAAGGCCCUGAGCAGCGGUGGCUCUCGUGGGGUUUUCUUUGACACAGCAGCAGAGUUGUUGUCAGCUCUCAGCCAGGAGGAGAGGGAGCUACUUGAGUCUGUCACGGAGAGGGGUUACCCUCUACGCACAGCCAUUCUGGCUCUGCAGAAGACUGGCUACCGCACCCCAGACAAGAUCCUAAAAUACUUGGUUGCCAGUGAGCAUCUGUGUGAACUGGGCUAUGACGAAGCGCAGGUGGAGGAGGCCCUGGAGAUGUUUCAGAACUGUGAGAGCAAGGCUGCUGAGUUCCUGCGGCUCCUGACUCAGUUUAAUGAGAUGGGCUUCCAGCCAAGUGCAAUCAAGGAAGUUCUGCUUGUUCAUGAAAAUCACCGUGAAAGGGCUCUGGAAGAACUCAUGACCCGAAUGGCUUAAAA